AUGGCGGCCAGCGGCAGCUCGGAGCGCGGUCCUCCUGCCUUCCCCGAGGACAGAGAGCCUGAGGCCGGACACAGAGAGCCUGAGGACGGGGACCAGGAGGAGGCUUCAAAGGUCGCGCACGCCCGUGUGGAGGUGAGCAGCUCUGGCCCCGCCCCCUGCACCACGCCCUCCUUCCCCCCCGCUCAGCACACCUCUCUGGAGCAGUUGGAGGAAGAUGAAGAAGCCAAGGACAGCUUUGACGUGGACAUCUCGGUCACCAGUCCUGAGAAAGUGGCGGACGGCAUGAACGCAUACGUGGCCUACAGAGUCUCCACCAGGGUGAGUCUGUGGAACUGA